AUGCGCCGAUCUAACCCGGAAAUUCAGCAAGUUCGUGUAGACUGACCAGAGUCCACGAAUUUGGAUUAGAAAUCUCCCUUAAAUUGUAGGGCAUCAUUUCCAAAAACUACAAUAUUCACUGAAUUAAGAUGGAAAAGCACAGCUUUGGUGUUGAACCAAUAACCUGCCAUGCCUGGAACAAGGACCGAUCACAGGUUGCUGUUUCUGCCAACAGUCAAAUGGUAGACAUAUACCAGAAGAAAGGCAAUACAUGGGUCAAACAAUCCACUCUGGGUGAACACACACAGAGAGUGACAAGUAUCGACUGGGCCCCAAACAGUAACAAAAUCGUAACAUGUGGAUCUGACCGUAACGCCUAUGUGUGGAGUCUGAACGGAAAUAACGAAUGGAAGCCCUCUCUUGUCAUUCUUCGUAUCAACCGUGCUGCCACCUGCGUACGCUGGUCACCAAAAGAGGACAAGUUUGCUGUAGGCAGUGGGGCUAGAUUGGUCUCUAUCUGCUAUUUUGAACAAGAAAAUGACUGGUGGGUCAGCAAACACAUCAAGAAGCCGAUCCGUUCAACCGUGACCACCGUUGACUGGCAUCCUAACAAUAUCCUCCUGGCUUGUGGAUCAACUGACUUCAAAGUCAGAGUGUUCUCUGCUUAUGUGAAGGAGAUCGAAGACAAACCCAAUCCUACUUCUUGGGGGAAAAAGCUCCCGUUUGGUGCCUGCCUCAAAGAAUUUAGUUUCAAGGGUGGUUGGAUCCACAGCGUGUCCUUUGAUAGCAGUGGAACACGCCUUGCCUGGGUCGGUCAUGACAGUACUCUCAAUGUAGGCUGCGGUGGCGACGAUGCCAAUGCUGUAAAUUUCUGUUUGAACUCCCUGCCUUGCCUGACAUUGCAGUGGGUAGGGCCAAGCACCAUCGUAGCAGCGGGUCACGACUGCGAGCUGAUGCGCUUCAGGGUCGAUGACAAGAACAAGAUCACCUUCGAGGGUAAGGUUGGCAUCGUCAAGAAGAAAGCCGCAGGUGCAGUCAGUGCCAUGGCAAAGUUUAAGAACAUGGACAAGAAGGCCACCACCGAAGACGACUCCAAGAAGGCAUCCGUUCACCAGAACUCGAUCAAUCAACUGAACAUCCACACUGGUGCCAAGGAGGCUGUGACCAAGCUUUCGUCCGUCGGCAUGGACGGUCAGAUGGUCAUCUGGGAUCAGUCAUCUCUGGAAGCCAGCGUUGGGGGCAUGAAGAUUUGAAACCCUUGACCCUCUCCUGAUCCUCCCCCCCCCUUUCCAAAAAAAUAGUGAUGUUAGAGUCAUAUAUCUAAGAGGAAUCAAGCUCAACUGUACAUCGUGUAGUCAAGUGAGGUUUAAUUAAAUGAUAUAUAAAUCGUGUUUAAUAUGCCCCCCCCCAAUUGCUGGGUUUGUAUAAGACUGUAAUUAUCAGGGCUGGCACAUAUAUGCUUCAAUCAGCAAUUGAAGUACAGUGUCAUACUUUUCCAGUGCAUUCCAAAAGUAUCAUGUAUCAGUAGUAAACAGAGCUAAUUCAGUAUCUCUCACAUAGCUGUUACAUAUGUUUAAAAUAACGCAUAUGUGUAGGUAUUCAAAUUGAUGAUAAUUUUCAUCAGUCCUAAUUAUCUUUAAUACUAGUAAUGGAAUUGACAAAUUAACUUCAUUACCUGCACUAAGUUAUACCAAUGAAUUACUUUUGGCCCAUUUGUAAUCAAUACUAUUCAAAUUGAUGCACAUUAGUUAUGUAAUCAUAGAUUAUCCUAUUGUGCUAAGUGAAAUGGAAAUUUAUUCCAAAAAUAUUUGAGUAUCAUUCCACGAUUCAAGAAAGUCAAAAUUUUAUCAAAAGAAAUUUAAAGUUUAGUUAUUGAUUUGAAGCCAUUUUUGUCUUUCUUGCAUUGCGACAGCAUUCCAUUUUUCGUCUUUUAACUAACUGUAAUGAUUAGCUGAACACUUAUGAUAUGUGCUUCAUAAGCUCAUAUGUAUAAGUAAUUUGAAGAUAUGCACAAUAUAUGUAUGGUGGUAUAAUGCUAUUCCUAGUAUCAGGAAAUGUACAACAUCCAUGUCGGGAACAAUUGAUAUAAUGGAAAUGAGUAUACCAUGAUAAUUAAGACUCACUUUUAUCCAGUAUAAUCUUAUUUCAAGAUAUCAUAACCAAGCCUUUUUGGAUUUUGAAAUCAAUAUUAUUUUAUCAGAUUUAUUUUGUUUCGAUGUUCAAAAUGUUUGAACAGACGGUGUAUGGAUCAUACAACCAGGGAAAAUUUGUAUGAAAUAUGACUGAAAAUACAAUAAAAAUAGCAAAACAAUA